CUAUCAGGCCCUCGCCCGGAGACAGAAUACACACACCUAGCACCCGGACCCAAUCCCAGAUCCCCAGUUCCCAGAUUCUUAGCUCCCAGAGCGCCAAACAAUGGCCGACGGCUUCAAGAAGUACUUCAAUGGGACAACCAUCAAUGGACGCGCUAACGUGGCCAAGGCCACAUACGCCACGUUGGCCCUGCUGUUCAUCUUUUACCGGAUGCGCCGCGGGUCCAAGUCCAGCGAACUGGCCGGCGGCAAGUGCAGCUGCGAAUCGGACCAGGAUCCGUCGGUCAAUAGCGACAUCGGUGCCUAUGGCGUGGAUCCCGACUGCUCCGUAUGCCGGGAGCGAUCGGAGCGGGCGAUGACCGAGUAUGACCGCGAGCAGCAACGCCGGGCGGCGGGCGAGGAUGACGGUGGCUGCCGCGACGAUCCCCCGCCUCCACCCCCUCCACCUGCAUCCGGUGGAUCCGGCUCAGCUCCGCGACGCAAGUGCCCCUGCGAGGAGCAGCAGCGGCGAGCCGAUGGAUCCCUGAAGCACAGCAGCAAUAGCAAUAGCAGCAGCAACAGCAGCAGGGCGCGAAACCAGCAGAUGCAGCCGCCCUACCAGUACCACCAGUACAGGCAGCCCGAGGCGGAGCAAGUGCGUCCAGCCAGCCAGGUGAUGGGCCAAGUGCACGACGCCUUCUACAGGGUGCUGCAAGGAGUCGUCGGGGCUGUUUUGGGUACCGCGGCGGUCAACACCAGCGGGGCGGGUUCCGCCACCGAUGCCUCCAGUCAGGCAGCCGGAGCUGGAGUCUCUACGGAUGAGCUGGAGGAUGACGAGCGCUACGACGGUCAGGAUUACGAGAACAGCGAUGAGUCGCCGCUGAAGCGCCGCACCGCUCCGCGGUCUUGUGUGCCAACCAGCAGUGGCGGCCAGGAGAACGCCUCGGGACAGCCGGAGGAGCUGAGCCGGGAACAGGCAGGUGCCCAGUCGGAGGAACAGGCGGAGUACAACGCCUUUAGCGAUGGCUUCGCCUCCGGCCUGUACUUCACCAGCGACGAGAAGUAAGGAACUCCACUGGUGGCCACGUUCUAUGCCUCUUGGGAUCUGCUA